AGUAUCUACACUGCAGUAUUUAGGAGAGGAACAAUUUCAUCCCAGACAUGGCCAGCAAAUUUGAAUCCAACAGGACAAAUAAUGAAGAGGUGCGGAUUGUGAUGUUGGGGAAGACUGGAAGUGGAAAGAGUGCUAGCGGAAACACCAUUCUGGGUACUAAAUCUUUUAAAUCAAUGCUAUAUCCCGAAUCUGUGACUGUAAAGUGUUCCAAAAGAAAAGCAACAGUGGAUGGACGUCACGUUGCUGUCAUUGACACCCCAGGGCUGAUUGAUACCACAGUUGAUCAAGAGGAAACAAAUAAAACUGUAUGCCAGUCCAUCUUAUAUGCUUCUCCAGGACCCCACAUCUUCUUGGUGGUCAUGAAACUGAACAGAUACACUGAUGAGGAAAAGCAGGCGGUGCAAACGAUUCAAAAACUCUUUGGCCCUGCAGCAGACAAAUACAGCAUGGUUCUCUUUACCGGUGGCGACGAACUUGAAUACUCUAUUGAAGAGUUCUUACACGGCAGCGCAAAACUGCAGGAACUCGUGGCCAGAUAUAAUGGUCAGUACCACGUCUUCAAUAAUAAACUGGAGGAGCGCUCUCAGGUCACUGAGCUUUUCCAGAAGAUUAGCGAGAUAGUCCAGAAGAACGGAGGAAGCCACUACACCAACGAGAUGUUCCAAGAGGCUGAGAGGGCUAUUGAAGAGGAGAAACAAUGCCUCUUGAGAAAGAAAGAAGAAGAAAUGCAAAAAGAAAUUGAAAAAAUGGAGAGAGAAAUGCAGGAAAGAUAUGAGAGAGAGAGAGAGGCGGAGAGAAAGAGGGAGAGCGAGGAGAGAGCGAGAGAGGAGAGAGAACUGGAGAUGAAGUUAAAGGAAAAAUUUGAUAGAGAGAGA